GCAUCUCUGCUGAUAGGUAAGCGAGGCGAAGCGAGCGUAAGUAAAAAUAAACAGUGUGCCGGUUCUCAAAUUUCGUUGAUUGCGUCCCGUAUCGGACAAGUUUUUUCUAAGCUAAUCGUUUUGCUAUUAAAUCGCUAUUUCGCAAUGAAGGAAAGAUUGUUUCAAAAAUGUUGCCGUUUGUGUUUGGAUGACACAAAGCAGCAGCUAGAGAUAAGAUCGGUUGAGAGGUUGGAUGAAGCUCUUCUGGAUCUCUAUGAUUUGAAGAUUUCCAGUAAGGAUCGUUGCAGUCAGAGCAUUUGUGUAGAAUGUUACGAGGAUGUCAGCGAAACGCAGAAAUGGUUGGGGCAGCUAGAAAAGCAGAAACAGCUUAUUCUUGCUAAUCAAGCACGGUUCCGGGAGGAAUUAUUGGAGCAAUUGGGACCAGAACAAAUAACAGCUGUAACCCCGCAGGAAAAAACUGUUGAGGUUACACCACCCUCCUCUAGCACUCGCAUCACCAGAAGAUCCGCUCGAAUGACUUCCGAUGCUGAUUCUCCUAAGCCAAAAUCACCGUCGAUUAAGAAGGAGCCCAUAGUAACGCGGAACUGCAAACGGAAGAUUGAUUGGGAAGCUCCACAAUCUGAACAGGAGUCCGAAACAGCUACUGAAACUACUUCUAAUGAAGUCGGAGAGGAGGAAGAGAUUACUUCAGAAACGACUACUGUCACUACUACUACGACGGAGGCGGAAGUCAAGUGCAACAAAUGUGAAGCUCUAUUCGAGGACAUCGUGUCAAUGGAAAAACAUACCUGCGAGUACAUAUGUAGCAUCUGCAGCAAAUCAUAUACUUCGAAAUGGAAUUUAAGACGACAUCUGGUCGAAAAACAUAAAAUUGUUCGAACACAAUGGCAGAGCUACUGGACCCCGAAAGGGCAUGAAAAGAACGCGCAAAGUUUGCUGGUAGAAACCUCAAGGCCGAAAAAAAGAUACCGAUACGAAAGUGAUUCCCCAACGGACUUGGAAGAAUCAAGUAAUGAUCAAGCACCUAAGGCGGAUGUAGAAAUUAUCUGCAAAUAUUGCGGUGUUAGGUUCGAUUCUCAGCAGGAGUUGAAAGAUCACGAUUGUGAGAUACGAUGCAACAUUUGUGGAAUGACGUUUGCUAAAAGAAAUUACGUCAAAAAUCACAAGAUGCGCGUGCAUGGUAUUGAAGCUUCGGAAUUGUGUCUUACCGCUUCUAAAUCCCGACCGGUUUCGCGAGCAGCAUCGCGUCCACCUUCAAGGGCUGCUACAGAGAUACCAGAGAAUCCCUCUGAUGAUGAACCUCUGUCGACACUAGCCAACAAUCAAGACGACGAAUCGUUACUAAUUAACGAGAUGGAAAAAACGCCCGGAAAAAUAAAGUACAGAUAUUUCUGUACGGAGUGUGACUAUAGCAACUUGAAGCGCUACCGACUAUCGGCUCAUUUGAUCGAAAAACAUAAUUUCGAAAAGGAGUCGAUCGACCCAGAUUCGAUUCCAAGAGAAAUUGCACGUUCAAAAACUCCGGAUCGAUCGAAAACUCCACAGCCAAGAUAUUGCAAAACACCGACCAGGGCAAAAACGCCGUUAGAACCGGAUUAUUCAACCGUACCAAAGACUCCGGAUUAUUUCACUUCUGCGCUGGAACUCCAUCAACGAGGACGUUCGAAGUCCACUUACCAGGAUAACUUUGACGUGGAUUACCGGAGAAAACGUUCAUAUUCAUCUUGCUCUAACAAAAUGUCACGUUCUGUUCGCGCUACUUCAAAUCCACCACCCAGUGAUCGAAAUAUGGCAACCGCAAAACGUCGCUCUUCUACAGCGCAAAACCAACCGAAAAUUCACGCAAAAUUCCGACCGUUGUUGGUCGGUAUUGAUAUGAAUCGUUUGCAUUUAUCAAUUCAACCGGGCUGUGAAGUACUGCCUAUUGAUCAUCAACUUCGUAUUCGCGCUUCAUCACAUCACUCGCAAGAUCCGAGCUCAACAAAGCGUCUAUUCAGGUUGAAAGCUCCCAUAGGAACUGAACGGGAAGGGGUCCAACAGUUGCGCAAUAUGUUCCAACAGAUGUCUGGGCAUGUCACCGGACCGUCAAAAGUCGCUAGUAUUGGUGUAGAGCAGUUAGUAUUCGACUCGGCAGGGAACCCGUCCAUUCCGACCGACGGUUCAACCGAACAAACAGUUUUAGCCUCACACUUGGUGGAUGGCCCCGAAGGAGAAAUCUUCGAGGUACGGGAUGUUGACACCCAGAACGUGACCACAAUUUAUCAAUCGGGAAGUGAGGUUGUUCAUGUGGUGGGCAGCGCUGCUCCUGCCGAUUAUGAUGAUCCAAAUCAGUCUAGGAAAAAGAAGAAAGGUAAGAAAGACAAGCGAAGAAGAUCGAAUGUAGAGCAGGGAUCAGAUUCUGCCAGUCAGGAAAGACCCAUUACACAACCAGUUGAAACGGAACAACUCGCCACCGAAAUUAAGCAGGAGAAAAUAGAUUCGGCUGAUCAAGAAGAAUUGGUUGUAAGCAAAACAGAAGAAGCGAACGACAACGCGGAACGUAUGGAAGAGUCGACUCCAGUUGAACCCGGUGGAUUACCCGACGAAGGAUCGCCUAACAACUCAGAUACAAAUGUUGCGAUAAACGAUCAGUUGGGAGCACUUGGUGAGGACGAAAUUCGUAGAAUCAUACAUGACCCGACAGAUUUAGGUUUGUUAGAAUCACAGAUGAAUCAAUCCACCCAAAUAGUCGAAAAAGAAACUGAAAACAAUCCACCGGAAGAGGUACAGUCAGAUUCCACUACUGUACCGCGCUCCGAAUGUGACCAAGCCGGUAAUACAAAAACAACUCAGGAACCUCAGCUCACGAUGGAAUCGCGAUCGCACGUGACCAGCGAAGAGAUGGAGAAAACAGAUGCCCUCCCAACGCCAAUGGAAGUUGAUGAACCCGCCGUAGAACCGAUGAUAAUUUGUGGCAACGAUGACAGUGAGGUUGGUGCAAACGAGGACGUUACGAUAACGCCGGAUUGAAUGACAGUAAAAACCUUAUAGCAAGCGGAGUGUUCACCUGUACUAGAUAUCGGAUGAAGUUUAAGACGUCUAAUUGUUAAGAAAAUUUUUAAAUUUUAUUCUUUAUCCAGAAGCAAAUAACACUGACAAACAAAAAAUUAUUGUAAGAAGUAGUUUUCCAUAAGGUAUUGAUUCCUUUUUCGCUGUAGUGAGUAACAAACUAGAAUAACAUUGUCAUUCAGGAUUUUCAAACAAGCAUAAAAGGCAAAUAAACGAUCGUUUCG